AUGGCGACAAUAUCGCCAGACGCGUCACUCAUUGUAUCGUCGCCGAAAGGGAGACCAACACCGAACCUCUUGAACGCCUCAUUUGUGAAGAAAAGCGGUGUACAGCCGGCAGGAUCGCCACAGAGGGAUCGCAACGCCCCGCAUUUCAAGGAAGCACUCGAGCGGAUGCUGCCGGAAGACUGUGUGCUGGGUCAGGCGAAGAAUACAAAGGUUCACCUCGUGAAACGAGACAAUGAAGUCGUGUGCGUUCUCAAGAUUGCAGAGGCGCCCGAGAAGACGAUCAUGGAGCUGCUGAACCCCCAUCCCCACUGCAUCCCCUGCCGCAUCACCCGUCUCACCGAGGAGACCGCGUCCCAAAAGCACUGGGUGAUCCAGAUGCCAUAUUAUCCACGAACGCUGAAAGAAGAGUGGAUGCUUGGGCCUGACCACAAGGUGGACGAAGACCACGUGUGGACCUACCUCCUCGACAUGACCCUGGCGCUGCAUCACUUGUCGCAGCACGGUGUCGUCCACAAGGACUUCAAGGACGACAACAUCCUGUGCGGCCCCCGGCUCCUCCCCUCCGGCGCACGUGACCCUGUCGAGCCAACUGCGUGCGUGCUUGCAGACUUUGGCGUGGCAUCUGCACAAGUGACGUCCUCUGGUGCGGCCCGCUUUGGUGCUGACGGCGAUGGCAUCAUCAUGGCGCCCGAAGCGAUCCACGCCCCGUCUCACAAAUCAGACAUGUUCAGUCUCGGCCUGACGAUGGCUGGCCUUCGCAGCGGCUUCCUACUCCCGCGCGGCGGCAGCGAGGCAUACAACAGCAUCCGAAGAGGGUCGUUGCCCAGCACUUUUCUUGAUCCGCAUGCGACGUCGCCGGACCUUCGACGCGUCCUCGAGUGGCUCGUGUCCGUCAACCCCGACCACAGACCGAGUGCACGUGAACUUCUGCGCACAGAGCCGCUGAGAUCGCGGCUUGUGCGACGAACCUGGCGCCACAUCACCUCCACCCCUCUGCCCUUCCUCGUCCCCAACAUCUUUCUCUUUGCGCUGCUAUUGCUUGCUGCUGCCGUGCACAUGCUGCUUGGCCUGUCCCCAGACGUCAUCACCACCGCCUGCAUCUGGUGGCUCACCGCCGCUGCCGAACGCAUCCCUUCCUCCCUGAAUUCAUGCACCCUGAUCACACCAUCAGAGAGCGAGAAUCAGGACAAUGACGACAGCGUCGUUUCCAGUCCAGCUUCAACCGGCAAGCGACGAUUCAGUGGCCCGUACGACAGCGACGAUGACUCAUCGUCGGACACGGAUCCACGCGAUCUCGUGAAGCAGCGUCUGCACUGGGACGACUACGAUGACCACAGUGGCAGUGGCAGUGAUGGUGACGGUAAUGAUGGCGAUGACGAUGGCAAUGACGAUGGCGGUAGCCGUCGAGGUGAUGGUGCUGGUGCUGGUGCUGGGGGCAAUUUGAGCCUGAGCGGUCGUCUUGGCGAGCGCAGUGUGCUUGGGCGACGCAGUGAGGGCCUCCCGCGCCUGUCGCCAACACUUGCAUCCACACCGCGCCUCGAUGUGCUGAACAUCCCACGCCGCAGAAGCAGCGGUGACGGCAGCGGCAGUGGCAGUGGCAGUGGUGGCAACAGCGUUGGGCACAUUCGCAGCAGCAGCGGCGGCGGCGCCGGCAACAGCAGUGCUGCACACUUUGGAAGCGAGCUCGUGGUGACCAGCCCCCAGCUGUGGAGCAGGAGUGCACAGCACAGGGACAGGAGCGACCACAGUGUUGACGACAGGCGAGCUGCGUAUGGCAGCAGCGGCAGCAGCGGCAGUCACCGUGGUGGGUUUUCAGGGCUGAAUCUGAAGAGUAACGUGCGACCGGAUGCAAUGAGGAGACAAGAGCACUUGCACGAUGGUGGUGGCGAUGGCAGUGAACGCGAAGAGGAUGAGGACGGCGGUCACAGCUUUGGUGACGAUGGCAGGGGAGGAACAGCGGCAGCGUUGCUGCUGAUGCGGAGCCCACCACGAGGUCACACGGGCCCCGCCUCAACCGCACGCAGGCGGCGGCCAGAAUAG